AUGCGAAUCAUCCGGGAAUUGAGGAGACGAGGACGCCUUGAAGAAUACAACAAUUUGCAGAAAGCUAAAUUGCGAUCCGGGCUUCUGGUCGACGAUUGGUUGAAGCGUAUCGAAGCCGCUGAUAUCGAAAAGAAGGGCCCGAAGGCCGUUUUCUACUCUUCGCAUGAUGGCACGCUGACACCACUACUCUACGCUCUCGGCGUCUCCAAUGAUCUCCUCGUACCGCCAGCGGCAUGUAUCUUCGUUGAAAUAGUUCGGGAUCCUUCUAGCGAUCUCUACGCGCAGAUUUUCUACCGGAACACGUCUUCGCACGAUCCGUGGCUUCUUCGGCUACCCAACUGCUCGGCGGAAUGCCCGGUGGCCGACUUCAUCACCCAGCUUCAACCUAUGCGGAUCGGCAACGAAAAGGCGUUGAGACAAAUUUGCAACGCUUCUUCCAUUACGAAUCUCAUGGUCAUCGCCCUGUUAAUCGUCGCAUUUCUCGCCUUGAAA